UUCAUUUCAGUACCCAUGUUAGCCUUGUUUUCAUUCCAUCUCAUGUUUCCUGUUUCAUUUCAGAUUCAAGUGCUUCCAGAAGGAGGUGAAACGCCAAUUUUCAAACAAUUUUUCAAAGACUGGAAGGAUAAAGAUCAAAGUGAUGGCUUUGGCAAAGUAUAUGUCACAGAGAGAGUGGCUAAAAUUGAGCAGAUUGAAUUUGAUGCUACCAAGUUGCACGAGUCUCCACAAAUGGCUGCACAGCAUAACAUGAUAGAUGAUGGCUCAGGGAAAGUACAGAUCUGGCGAGUGGAAAGCAGCGGCAGAGUUCCUGUGGAACCUGAGACGUAUGGACAGUUCUAUGGUGGUGACUGUUACAUCAUCCUUUACACUUAUCCUAAAGGGCAGAUCAUCUACACAUGGCAAGGAGCCUGUGCUACAAAAGAUGAACUGACUGCUUCUGCAUUUCUGACUGUUCAGCUGGACAGGUCAUUGAACGAUCAGGCUGUGCAGAUUCGAGUCAGUCAAGGCAAAGAGCCUCCCCAUUUACUGAGCCUCUUCAAAAAUAAACCACUUAUUGUCUACAAGAAUGGGACAUCCAAGAAGGAAGGUCAGAAACCUGCUCCACCCACACGGCUCUUCCAAAUCCGCAGGAACCUAAUGUCUAUUACCAGGAUUGCUGAGGUUGAUGUUGACGCAAUGUCACUGAAUUCCAAUGAUACCUUUGUUCUGAAACUUCCAAACAAUACUGGUUACACCUGGAUGGGAAAAGGAGCAAACAGAGAAGAGGAACAAGGAGCUCAAUACAUUGCCAGUAUUCUUAAGUGCCAGACUGCUAGGAUUAAUGAAGGCCAGGAACCAGAGGAAUUCUGGAAAGCACUUGGAGGUAAAAAAUAUCAGACUUCAUCACAGCUUUUGACAAAGGCUGAAGAUCAUCCUCCUCGCCUGUAUGGUUGUUCUAAUAAGACUGGCAGAUUUAUUAUUGAGGAGGUCCCAGGAGAAUUCACUCAGGACGAUUUGGCUGAAGAUGAUGUCAUGUUACUAGAUGCUUGGGAGCAGGUUUUUGUCUGGAUUGGGAAAGAUGCUAAUGAAACUGAACGACAGGAAUCCGUUAAAUCUGCCAAACGUUAUAUUGAAACAGACCCUUCUGGCAGAGAUAAGGGAACCCCCAUCGUUAUUGUGAAGCAGGGGCACGAGCCCCCAACCUUCACAGGCUGGUUCCUGGCUUGGGACUCCAACAAAUGGAAUACUGAUUUACUCAAGAGAGCUUCAGCUUCAAGCCAAAGAAUUAUCAGUGCACAACUGUUUUCUAGUAUUUUUAAGCAUAAGCUUAUGCAACAACACGAUGCAGAUGUUGUUAUCCUUUCCUGAGCUUUGAUAUAUUUAUAUGAAUAACUUAGCAGUUCUCAGUGCUGGAUAGGAUAAGUGAUAAUUGUCAAGUGAGGUGGGUGGGGCUUUUCAUGUAGGAAAUAUGUAAUCUAUGAAUUCUUCACAAAAGUGGACCAAUUUCUUUUACUGUGCAAAGAUGGGCCAAAUUCUGCCUUUCCUUAACCAUUCAAACCAAUGCCAAACAAACUCCUUUAGUGUAAGGUCAGCAUAAUUUUGUGCAUAAUUUGGCCAGUGUAGAAUUUCAGAUGAUGCCUGAUCCAGAGCUUUGUCUUGCAAGGGGCAAACAAGAGAUGAAUAUUUUGACAAAGCUGUUCUUAACACGUUUGUUUCCUAUCCUUGAUCUAGAUAUUAUAAUUGGAGUUUAGGAUUGUACACUUGUAAGAAUAUGAAGGUGUUUUGCGGUGGAUUUUUUUUUAGUAUUCUAACUCAUUUUAAUGUAUUUCCUUAGGUUUCUCUAUGCAAACCAUCUCCAGCUCCAGAUCUUUUUAACUGAAGCUCCCGUGCACAUUUUAGGGAACUACUUUUUAGUGGAAGCAUAAGUAACAGCUUCAAAAAUACUUACUCUGCCUUAACUAGACUGCACUUAAGCCAUACUUUGCCUUGGUUGCCUUACUCAGCAGUCCCUUGGAAUUUGUUCACAUUGUUAGGUACAGGAUGUGUUUCCAACUCAUUUUCUAAACAGCUCUCAGUCAAAUAUCAGCAUGGAAACUCCUUGUUUUAGCAGCAUUACUGGGAAUUUGGAGUAUGAGGAAGCACCACAUAAUAAUUUUCUCUCAGACACAGUUAUUUGGGACUUCUUUUUUGUAUUCUGGUGAAUUUAAGAGUACAUUUUCAAAGUAUGUUUUUUUAAGUUGUAGUUUUGCCAGAAAAGUCUCCUUACGGGCAUUAGGAAAAAUCCUGCUAAAUCUAUAGCGCUGCUUUAAGCAUUUAUCCUAGAAUGCUUGUUUUAAACAAUUUGUAGAGCAGUAAAUCAAGUCAAUGUCGCUUUUUAAUGAAGGCUUUUCAAUACUUUUGUUGAUCUCAUAAGAUUGUUUGGAAAGUGAACAUUUUAGUUAUUUUUUACUUUUUUAAAAAAUGAUUGUGAUUUUGAAUCUGAGUAAUGCAAAAGAGUGAAUUUUGUCUGAGCUCAUAAUAAUAUUGGCAAAAAAUAAAGAGAAGCUAAAUCAA